UCGGAGAGGUAAAGGUAACAUUUGGCGAAAGGACACCCGACACCCGGUAACCGGAUCCCGAGGCGGAAGAGUGACUGAAUGGAGUGAACAAAUAACUCCGGCAUGUCUUCCUGUGGCCUGAAUGUGAGUCAGACCCCGGAGCUCCGCGCUCCGCCCCGGGACGCAAAGGAAGGCGACGAGGACGCGGACGACUCUGAGUAUUUUGCGCGCGCGCCCGCCGCUGCCGAUAUCUCUCCUUCUUCUUCUUCAUCAUCAUCAUCAUCAUCCGUGUCUUCGUUGUGCUUCUCCGCCGAGCAGGUGGCGUGUGUGUGCGAGGCGCUGCAGCAGGCGGGACGGGUGGAUCAGCUGGCCCGGUUCCUGCGCGCUCUCGGCGGCGGCGGCUCACACGGGGGCGGUGAGAGUGUCCUCCGCGCGCGCGCUCUCGUCGCCUUCCACCAGGCGCGCUACGGCGAGCUGUACGGGAUCCUGCAGGGCCACAGCUUCAGUCCCGGGUGCCACGGCGCGCUGCAGGAGCUCUGGUACAAGGCGCGCUACACGGAGGCGGAGAGGGCACGCGGCCGCCCGCUCGGCGCUGUGGACAAGUACCGCGUGCGCCGGAAGUUCCCGCUGCCCCGCACCAUCUGGGACGGAGAGGAGACCGUGUACUGCUUCAAAGCGCGCUCCCGAAACGCGCUCCGGGACGCGUACAUGCGCAACCGCUACCCGGCACCGGCGGACAAACGCAACUUGGCAAAAGUAACGGGACUGUCGCUCACUCAGGUCAGCAACUGGUUCAAAAACCGGCGGCAGAGAGACCGGAACCCGUCCAAAAGUGAAUCAGACGGGAACCACAGCACCGAGGACGAGAGCAGUAAAGGACGCGAGGAUCUGUCUCCGUGUCCACUCUCAGGCUCUGCUGACAGGACAUCACGCGUAUCUCUCUGCUCUCAAACCCCAGAACUCCAUCCGACGGAAGACGAUAAAAACUUUCUGUUUAACGGGACGUUCCUUCCUUCCUCCUCCAGGUUCCUCUCCUCCACAGGAAGCCUGCUGUUCGGCGGGGUUCCGGCUCUCGCCCUCCAGGGGUACAGACCUGAAACCAGUGGCACUGAAAAUGGAGACGGAGCUAGCAAUAAAGAAAUGGACCGAUCAGAAGCGAUCAGUUCUCCUGAUAGAGACAGAGUGCGUGAGAAAAGGAUGGACAGAUUAGAUGGAGGAGAAGAUGGCGUGUUGGCGAUCUCUUUCUUCAGAGACACCGAAGCGGAGAUGAACAGCAGAGCUUCAGGUUCAAGGUUAGACUACGAUCACAGGAAGAAGAUCCAGCUCACGGGUUACAUUCAGGAAGAUGAAGCCACAGCAGGAGGGGGAGGUGAAGAAACCUCACUGAUGAGAGACUCUCUAACUCUUCCUCAGAUGCAGCUGCCUUCGUCUUCCUCACCUGCUGCUUCAACGCAAGUGUUGGUGAGUGUGAGUGGCCUGGCUGUGGAACAGGAUCGGGGGCGUUUGGUUCCUCUGCAGUCCAGCUCGGUGCUCUUUAACUCGGGGGAAUCUUCAGUGUUCUGUUCAGUCAAACAGGAGUGUGAGAGAGAUGUGGAUUUCUCCUGUGUGCAGAACACACACCUGCGCUACACACACACACUAGUGCACCCUCCACAUGGCCAGGUGGAAGUGACGGAGUUCAGGGGUCGUGAGCCUCAGUUGACCUCUGACCUCAGUGAGGACUUCCUGUGUGCUGCAACGGACAUGUAGGGAGACGACCUGAAACAUUUAGAAACGUGUUAAAUAUCUUUAUUAAUGUUAGAUUUUAUUCUCACUCUGUGUGUGUGUGUGAGAGAGAGAGAGAGAGAGAGAGAGAGAGAGAGAGAGGUGCACACGCGCAAGAGGGUGAAUUUAUUAUAUUUCAGAAAAUAAAUGGCAAAAGCCAAAUUGUAUAAUUUCCACACUUCAUUCUGACUUUUUAGGUGAAAGCAUCAGAAAUCAGACUUGCGCACGUUGCAGAAUUCAUCCGAGCCAAUCAUUUUAAUCACUGUGUCAUCACUAAUUUGCAUAAAGUCUGAAUUGAAGUGCUUUCUGUGAGCAGUGUCGCAGCUCAGUGUUGAGUUUGUAUAGGAAGUAAACAUCCUGUCGUCUCUGUGUCGCUGAAUGUGAGCUUAGUCUUUUACACGUCAUACUGUUUUUUCUUUGAUAAAAUAUAAAAUCUGCUUUCUGUAAAUUUACUCAAUCAGCUGAUGCUUUUAUCCAAAUGGACAUCCAGGUGGAAUUGCUUUCAGAGGUUGGGAUUUAAACUCAUUUCCUUCUGAAUGAACACCACCACGUAUAUUCCUCCAUCACAGCACACUGAUCUCACAGCACAGAGUUAAUUCCAGGUUGGAUCGAUAAACACAUGACGAUGAUAAAAAUAGAAGUAAAUUAUAAAAGCUUUUAAAGGGAAUUCUCUUUAUCUCUCUCUUUAUCCUUUAUGUACAAACCACAAAUUAAAUAUUUUACAUACAGCACUG